AGGUAGGCUCUAGCAGAAACGGGGGGCGAAAAGCGCGGCAACUCAAAGGACUCGCCUCGCCAUGGCGAUGGUACUGGUGCCGUAUCCCACCAUGCUGAAGCAUUCGGGAGAGAAGCAUGCCCAUGGUGCCCGAAGCGUCCUUCCAACGUGCAGGAUGACGGCCAUGGAGAGCGGACACGGCCAUCGAGAGCAUCGAUGCAGAGGUUUGCGGUCCGCUCGCCGCUUGCACUUCCAUCCGCAGGUCCGAGUAGAGCGACCGCUGCAGCUGAACCAGACGCCCAAUCUGGGCCACAUGCCAGUUGCUUUUCGAUCUGCCUCGCCAAAGGGACCGCCCAAGAUCAGCAUCCUUUGUUAUGGGGACAGCCUCACGGCCGGCUUCUGCCAGCAGGGCAGGAAGUUCGAACCCUACGGCCGGACCCUGGCCACAGCCUUGGGCCAACUGCUGCAGACCCCCUGCGAGGUCUUGGUUUGUGGGCACAGCGGCCACACGGCAUCCCAGAUGGUGGCCAACCUGGACGCCCGCGCCGUCACGGACGUGGGGGGUCAGGUAGGAAAGGGCCUGCGCCGGAGCCUGCAGGAAUCCCCGCGGAUUGACCUUGUCCUGUUGAUGACGGGCACCAACGACAUCGGGAAGUCCGUGGAACCCAAUGUGAUCCUCGAGGACAUCAUCAAGCUUCAUGAGGUUUGCCAGCAGCAUGGGGUCGCCUCGGCGGCGCUUUCGCCGCCGCCCAUCCCCUCGGAUGCUUUCGCAGAGGCCAACCGCCGCCGCCUCCGUGACCUCACCGCCAUGUGGAGCUCCGCUGCCGCCAACGUGCGCGCGUUUAUCGAUCCUGGCCAUUUCAUUCCUGCAAAUGCAGCCAAUGCUUGGGACCCGGACAGGCUCCACUUUUCCCCCGCCGGUUCGCAGCUCUUGGGCCAACAGCUCGCCCGCACAGUGCUGCCAGUCCUGCGGCAGGUCCGUGACCUGCCAUAAUUGGAACAGCUAUGCAGCUAUGCUGGGAGGCGGUCCCGAAGCUUCUUAGCUGAGGCUUUGCACAGAAUUGGACACUUAAGACUGCGCCUUUGUCGAUCAGCCAAGUCGCA